CUCAUUUAUACACUACAGUCGUCGUUUUAAAAUAGAGUUGAGUCUCUACUUAAUUCAGUUUAUACAAGCGUAUCUAUUGGGUGAUCCUCUUCGAAUCUCAGCUGAUGAAGCCCAAUUCACCGAAUUCGCACGCUAGGGUUUGAAAGAGCAACAAUUUUAGGAAAUUGCUAAUUGGAUUUGGGGGAAAACCAUUUCAGUCGAGCUGAAUUUUUGACCGUUAAGUAGCUCCGAGUAAUGGCGACCAGGGCAAUGCUUGAUGCGCUGACGAAAAAUCCAAACUUUGGGAACCAAACGUUUAGCUCCGGAGGCCUAUUCUCCGGCAGCUAUGUGGGCGUUUCCUCCUCCUCCGCCGCCACUUCUUUCGCUAUUGCAACUCCUUUUGCAUAUCGAGCUUUGUUUGGGGAUGGCCCUAUGCAAAUUGCCUACUGUGAUGCUGGUGCAAUCUUAGAUGAAGAUUUUAGUGCUGUUAUGCAGAGCCGGCAAGUUGGCUCUAGCUAUGUUGAUGCAGCUGUUGGUGACAAUCAUGGCAAAAAAUUUUCUACUGGGAAUGCUUUGGGGAAUGAACUAAGACACAGUUUCAAGCAGUAUGAUAUCCAGCUGAAACCACUCUUCUCGGCAUUUCAUUGGAAAAAUUUUGGCCUGACAUCAUUGAGGUCGUUUAUGUUAUUCUAUUUGCCUCUUUUGGAACCCCAUCCACCCACAGAAGAAGACGACGAUGAAGAUUUUCUAGUUGAGAAUCCCGUAGAGCAUCAUGUCGUUUUGGUUGAGCCAUUUAAGAAAUCAGUGAUACAAAUCAUCUGUGAGACAAGUGUGGUUACCACAAGGCGUAUCCUUGAAAGACUCGCAGUUCAUUAUGCUUCACAACGCAUAGCAUGGAAACUUCUCAAGGAUGUUCCCUAGUCGGCAAUUCGGAAGGCAUCAAGGAAAUUGCCAACUUGUACUUUUUGUUUCUGUGUUAGCAGAACCACCUUCAGAGGUCAUUUGAUUAAACCUUAGGUUCUUGACUAGGCUUUCAUUGGUUGAACCUAGUAUCAAUCUCUCUCGAUUUUGCUAAUACCUCUUCGUAUUAACAGGACAUCUCCUCGGAGUUUUAGCUUCGUGGCUGUUCAAGUUGGCCUCGAUAUGUAUGGAUUUAUUUAUAGUAUAGCUAAAUCCAAGAAAGACAGUCAUGAAACAACUUAUACGAAAGAUGAAUUUAAGAUCCUUGGAAAGAAGGUUUAUGGUACCAUUGUCCGAUUCGCUGCCUCACUUGUUUUUGCAUCUGUCGGAGCUGGCAUUGGCGCUACAUUAAUUCGUGCCUUAACAAGGCAGUGGGUUGGUAUGACACCAUAACGAUUUAUGAUAAUAAUUGACCAUAUUCAUAAGUAUGUACGCUUAAUAUUUAGGGAUAACUGCCUUAGAAGUAAACUUUGCCCGAAUUCCGUUUUUUCCACGACCAUUAAAAUUGGCGUAUAAAGUCACCAACUUUGCCGGGUUAUUGGUAUCUCCCAAAUUGACCCGACCCUAUGUUUUCCGGUAAGUCAGCGUCCCAUGUGGCAUGCCUGAAAGUUGACGUGACCGUCAUCGGAAAAGGGAUGAAACGACGUCGUUUCUAACACCUAAACGACGUCGUUUCAUCCCUCUCAAACGCAAUUAGGUUUAAAUCAUUCCUAAAUUCAAUCCCGAUUACAAACGUACCCAAAAUCGAACUCCAUCAUUUGAAUCGCGAUUCAGCCUACAAAUCUGCGGCCAUAUCGAUUCCCUCCAUCUGCGGUGCACGAUUCACCGUCACAAGGUAAGAUCAUAGCAUCAAUGUUAGGGAUUGGAAUCCCGAUUUUGGAGACCUCACAUUUGAAAUCCCUAAUUUUGAAUAUGGGAUUGCUUCUGUUGAUGUUUGGGUUCAAAUUAGGGUUCGAGUUAGGGUUCUGGGCUUGCUUGUAAUCUCGUUUUUGGGUUCAGUUUUGAAUAUGCGAAAUUGUGCAUUUAGGGUUCAUAACUGUGUUUUUGAAUUCCAGAUUUUUGAAUUAGCAAUUUAGGGUUUGGUUGUGUUGGUUUAAGGUUGAGUUUAAUGUGCAAUCCAGAUUGUUGAAUUAGCUUUGAAUCUGCGAAGUAUUGGUUCCCGAAUCGUGGUUGGAUUGGGCUAUUUCGAACGUGCAAUUGGCAAAUGGUACUUAGGGUACAUGACUGUGGUUUCAAUGUUCAAUUGUGUUAAUGGUUCAGGGUGA